ACCAGUUUCAUAGCAAACAUUUGACCUGAAUAAAAAGGAUUGGAAGAUCUGUUUGUGACACUCCGAAUUGGCAUUGAUUCAAGUUCAAUCUCAAAAUGGCUUCUCUCUUCUGGAUGGUUCUAGGCCUUUGUGCCGCUGCUGUCUUAUCCAGUGAUCCUACUUGCAAGGAUAAUUACGUGACAAAUUGUCCGACAUGGAAAAGGGUUGGAUACUGCACAUCAGACAGAUACAAAGCAUGGAUGGCGAUAAACUGCAAGCUGUCGUGUGGACACUGUGGUAAUCCUCCACAGACACAAUCCUGCGGUAAACCAGAAGUUGCUCAAAGCAGAGUCAUUGCUGGCAUAAAUGCAAACAAAGGAUCAUGGCCUUGGCAAAUUCUCAUGUUAUUUAAUGGAAGGACAAUGUGUGGUGGCUCUAUAAUUGCUCCACAAUGGGUCGUUACUGCGGCUCACUGUGUAUCUGGGAAGGAGGCAUACGCACGCUACUUCAAAGUUAGAGUUGGAGAGCAUAUUACGUCAACAACAAGCGAUGGACAACAUAUCGAUAUGCAAGUUGAAAGAAUCAUUUCCCACCCAAGCUACGCAAGAAGCACAAUCAAUAACGAUAUUGCAUUGAUGAAACUCUCCUCACCAAUUCAGUUUGGAAAAUAUGUGAAACCAGUUUGUCUGCCCGGACAAGACCAGCACGUUCCAGUUGGAACCCAAUGCUUCAUUACAGGCUGGGGAAAAAUACAACACCCUGGUAACAUGCAUCACACUUUGCAACAAGGAAAAAUGCCUGUUGUGUCCAACACUGUUUGCGCGGGCCUCAAUACAAAGAACAUGGGAAUAACGAUAACUAGCCAGAUGGUUUGUGCUGGUCACGGAGGAACAACUCGUGUGAGCGGAUGCCAUGGUGACAGUGGUGGACCAUUUGUGUGCCAAACUGGACCCAAUGGCUCUUGGGUUCUCCAUGGAGCAGUUAGCUGGGGAUCUGGAAGUUGUGACGCAACACUAGGCUAUUCAGUCUUUGCAAGAGUUGCAAGAUUCAGAAGUUGGAUUGAUCAGCAAAUGUCAAGAUAUUGAUACAUUUCAACUCAAAAUUAAUAUCUUAUUCUAUCAAUGAGCUUGAAUUCAUAACAAUCAAA